GGAAAACACUUUCAAAGACCAUCCAAGAGUAAUUAAAUCUCACCAACGCCCCAUACCUUCAUUUGACACCUGUAUAUGAUGCUCAGUCAUCUCGCCGUGACUCCAAGUCUCCCGACUCCGACGGUAGGCGCACAAACAACACCAAAACGGCAAGCAAAGCGCAGAAGCCAGCCAGCCCAAAAUAUGGCAGCGCGAUCCAGCUGUUACCCCGAUCCAUCCCCAUGGAAAAGAGCCACGCCAUAAUAGGCCCUGUUGCACUUGCACCGAUGGUCUCCAUGAUACUGAUGAGCGUGUAUAGAGUCGACGCCUGUUGCGUAUCGAUAAACGACGUAAUGACUGACCGACUUAAGGAAACGAAACCAUCGCCGAGAGAAACCAUGAUUUGCCCGGCUAUGGCCGUUUGCACAGUAGGCCCGGCCAUGAGAAAGAAGCCGCAUGUCCAGCAGAAUAUCGACCACCGAGCAAGUAAAAGGUCCUUUUGUAUCGGCGAAAGGCGCAGAGGAAGCGUGGUUGACGUGAGAAGCGUCGAGAACAAAGGCAGAACGAUCAGGAACACCAUCACGUCGACAGCCCCGUUCAACGAGUCCAAGUCCCAGAUCCAUAGCUGACGGGCGAGAUGGAGAUGAAGGUGAAUAGGAGAAUAAGCGGAGACGGCUUCUUUACAACCUUUAGUGCCUGGCCGAGGCGAGCGAGACAGUCUCUCAAGGCAGAUACUCUGCUAGG